CAAAUAGGCACAAGAAAAAUGACUGUUUCGCUUUCGAAAAUCGGCAAUGUGUUGCCCUUUUCAAGGCUCUUCAGGCAACUGGAGCUGGAUAUGGAAACUGUAGUUAAGGUACUACAACCUGGUCCACUGGGCAUUGUGGAACACAAAUUUUCUGCUGAGGAAAUACAGAAAGCCAGUGAUACUGUUAAGCAGGCAGUGAGUAAUUGGCGAAGGCAGGCUGACAUUGCGAAACAUAGCCCCAUCAUGAAAGAUUUUAUCGAUGUAUGAGAGAAUUGUUUCUUCAUUUUCUUUCAAUAAUCUGAUGAAAAGACAAUAAUGUAAAUUUGUAAGCUCAAUAAAAAUAAACUAUAGUUAUGUUUAUGACUAAAGCUACAGUUGUUCUGUUUGCCGACCCAUUUCCGUUGCAAUAUGAACUGUGUUAUUUUGUUGCCA